UGAAAGGGAAUUCGCUGGGGGCCCUGCCAGCCCCGGAGAUGGUGACUCUGUGGGGACGGAGGGCAGGGACCAUGGGGCUGGGGGGUCUCCUCCUCCCCCUCCUCGUCCUCGGGGUGGCCGGUUCCCGGCUGCAGCUAGUCACAGAUCCCUCCUCCCGGGCCCUGCUGGGCUCUGGGGCGCUGCUGAAAUGUCGGUUCGACGUUGGGGGGCCGGUCGAUCUGAGCGCCCUGCGGGUUCAGUGGUAUCUGUUUGAGGAGAGGAUCGCGCAGUACGACCAGGGCAGGGUUGAAUCCCAGAUCAGAGGGAGCCUGUCAGAGCAGGAGUUGAAGACGGGGGAUGCCUCUCUCUUGCUAUCCAGUGUGACGGUGUCGGAUGAGGGGCCAUAUAAAUGUGUCGUUGGCUACGGUACGGAGCAGCUGCAGGGAGAGACGACCCUCCGUGUGCUCGCUGCUCCCCGACUCUCCGUCCCCCGGCGAGCGGCCGGGACAGACACAGCGAGCUCCUUCCCCUGCCACGUGUGGGGAUUCUACCCCCAGGACGUCACUGUCACGUGGCUGAGAGACGGGCGGGUUCUGACCGACGCCACCCGCUCUGCCCCCCAGAGGAACCCGGACGGGACCUUUAACCUCACCCUGACUUACACCUUCACCCCCACCGCGAGCGACUCCGGCAGCAUCUUCUCCUGCCACGUCAGCCACGCGGCUCUGGCCCAGCCCCUGCGGGAGGAGUUCCCCCUGGCUGUCACAGGAGCGGAUCACACCAGCGCCGCGAUCGGGGCGACCCUGGGGAUCCUGGUCGCAGGGGGAGCUGCGGCCGCAAUAGCCAUUUACUGCUGGAGGAAGAGGCGGGAAGGCAGGGGACCCCCCUACUCCGUCUCCGAGGUGCUGGGGCCGGCGCAGUGUCUCCUGGGACAAGAGGUGACUCUGAGCUGCGCCAUGGAGGGGAAGUUCCCCGAGGACACGGCUGUGACGUGGGAGCGGAUACACGGGGAGGACAGGACGGUGAUCGGGACUGACGGGGUCAGCGAGGCCGGGGAGGGGUCUGAGCACCAGCCGCUGUUACAGGCCCAGCCCCCAGGCUGGAGAGCGACACAGGAGAGAUCCCCUUGUAAGGAGAGAUCAGGGACCUGCCUCACGGCCUCCCUGAGCUUCACCCCCACGGUGCAGGACGACGGGGUGCGGGUCAGGUGCAGCUUCCACCACAAGUCCAGAGGGAUCCGAGAGCAGCGAGAGUCUGGGGAGAUCCAGCUGUGGGGUGAGUGUCCCCAGCAUAGGCGCUGACUCUGUGGGUGCUCCGGGGCUGGAGCACCCACAGAAAAAAAUUGGUGGGUGCUCAGCACCCAAUGGCAGCUCCCCAUGGCCUCGCCCUG